AUGAGUCGCCUCUCAAGUUACCAUAUCAUGGUGGUAUCACAAUAUUUCAAAUCAUUUUCAGACUUCAUUUGUAUUCAAUUAAUUGUUAAAAAGUAUUCCAACCUCCUCGAGAUGUUUCACUUCAAUCCCAUUCCCCUAACAACAAAGACAAUUCUAUAUUUUCCAAACAUCGAAACACUUCACGUGUAUAGUCAAUUUGAUGAGAUUUUUGGCAACACGCUUGCUCAGUACACCACACCUUCUUCAAUACCAAAAACGUCCGUUAUAAAACGAGAAUUUUUUGAAGUUGUUUUGCAUUAUGAAAUUUCUUUCCAGGUGUUUUUAAACUUCCAACAUUCACAAAGUUCAAAAAAUCAAAGGGGUAACACAACACUCCAAUUUACAUUCAAAAAUGUGAAUUUUUCACGUGAAGACUUUUUGAAUUUCAAAGCGUUGAUUCUUCCCGUGUUGAUGAAGAACACGCUACUUUGUGAAUUUAAAGAAGACAAAAUUUUGGUGAAAAUGCACGAAAUUAUUAAUGAAAAGAUGAAAGUAAAUGAAACGAAGAAAUUACAACUUGAAAAGUUGACUGGAGACUUUUCUAUGAUCAAAAGCUUUGGUAACAAAUGUUUUCAAUAUGAAGAGACGUUGACAUCAUUCACUCCACCAAAGGGUGUAACAUCGCUUGGUAAAUAUUGUCUAUACAACUGUUAUAAUUUGAUUGCCGUGUCACUUCCUGAAACACUCAGAAACAUCGACGAAAAGUGCUUUAAAAAUUGCACUGCUCUUAGACACAUCAAUAUUCCAUUCAACCUUAAAAUACUGAGAAAAUCAGUCUUUGCGUCGUGUUGCUCACUUUCAGGUGUUUCACUCUCAAAUAAUGUGAAAGAGAUAGGGCAGAGGUGCUUUGAAAAGUGCACUAGUAUUAGUCAUUUUGAUUUCCCAAAUAACUUAACUUCGCUUGGAAGAAUGUCAUUUAAUUCGUGUUGUAAUUUGCAGUUUGUUUCUCUUGGAUAUUCAAUUGAAAGUGUUGGAGAAAAGUGCUUCAUAGAUUGUGCUGGUCUUAGUGAAGUACAAAUUGGGAAUAAAGUGAAAAAUAUAGGCAAUGAGUGUUUCUCUGGUUGUUUCAAACUAAAACGUGUAAUGUUUGAAACUAAAGUUCUUGAUAAGAUUAGUGAAUCAUGUUUUGCUUUUUGCUCAAAUAUCGUGGAAAUUGAAAUUCCAAAGUCUGUAACAAAACUUGAGAGAAAGUGUUUUUAUGAUUGCGAGUCUUUGUCAAAAAUCAAGUUGCCAAACACACUCACCAACUUUGGUGAAAAUUGCUUUGAAAUGUGCUCGUCUUUAACCUUUGAUGGUUUAACACAUUUAAUACAAUAA